AUGCUCAUGAGCGAUGGGUUGUUGCGGGUAUUUUGGCCAUAUGAUCUCCCGCGGUCUUCGGCGCCAGGUGUGAUUGUCGGGUGGCGGAACUCGGAGCUUGAUCUGUUCGUGCUCACGGUACUGGAAGAUGUCGAGCCCCGAAAUGUCGACAAUGCACUCCGCGCGGGGAUUCUCUUUCGAAACAGCCCGCACCCGAUUGUGCGCAUCUUCGGCCUCUGUGGACGGUCUCAGAUGCAUGUUCUCGGCUCGACCAAUCCUCUGGAACCUCCAAGAUCGUUCAAUCCCUCUCAUCUCCAUGUGACUACGCAUCCGCCAUCCAAGGCACCCCGCAUAUUCUGUCCGCCAGAGGCGAAUCUGUCUGUUCAGGUAAUCAUGUUUCAGCGGCCGCACCCGACACGCAUGGAGUAUAUGUCUCUGGACCCGAUUUCCCUUGCGUUGGGAGAUAAAGCGACAACGGCAGAGAUAUGGGACCCAAUGUCAGACAAGAUUGAGUCAGAAGAAGAGAGGGAGAAGGCCCGGUCCCAAGUCCUUGUUGAGAAACUCAAGCUCCACACGGUGGUCAAGCACAUACCGUCGCAGAAAGAACAAGCUCUCCCCUUGAUCGUCAACCAAGUCAACUGUGCCUAUGAGAUGGGACAGCUCAUGCACAAGAACAGCCACCUUAUCGGUAUCCGUGCAAAGAGAAGUAUGAGUGUCGGGGAACGUGUGGUGGAAUCUGCUACGACCUUGUGGGGUCUUUUUGUCCUCUGCGUCUCCUACGUUUUUGGGGUCGCUGAGCUCGUCUUGCAGUUUCUCGAGUGGCGCGCUCGACCCGACGCGGCUGCUCUCAAGGAUAUUUCGGCAACUGCCCAGCAAGUUGAUAUCCGGCUGCAACAGUUUUGUUACUGGCCGAUUCAAUAUGUUAAGCUUCGCCAGAGAAAAGAUAACUGGGAGAGUGUGACUACCAGCCACCCGGACUACAUUCGAUUCUAUAACAGUCUGUGGCUCGUCGCCAACGACGUUAUUAUCGGGAUUGCUCUUGGAUCCUACAUCAUUGACAAUGCCCACUGGGUGGCUUCUCAGAUCAACACGAUUCUCACUGGAUGGACUGUGGAAGGCUUGCAGCGCACGAUUUCAUGGCUCAUGGACUGGCCCGCUGGUCUGAAACUGAACAAUGAGCUCGCAGCAUUCCUAGGUGACCUGUUCCUCUGGGUCAUCGAGAACUGGGCAGCCUGCAUUGCCAAUCUCCAACCCUACCUUCCUAACAUCAUCUAUAUCGUCGGGUGUUCGAGCUUCGCAGGAGCCAGCAUGCCGAUCGCACUUUUCUCCGACCUUCUUUCCAUCCUGACCGUGCAUAUUUACUCCUUCUACAUUGCCUCCGCCCGCAUCUUCAACUGGCAGCUUACCAUAAUUAUCUCUCUGUUUCAUCUGUUCCGCGGCAAGAAGCGGAACGUCCUCCGCAACCGAAUAGACUCAUGCGAUUACGACCUCGACCAGCUAUUGCUGGGCACUAUCCUUUUCACCGUCCUCUUCUUUCUCCUCCCCACUGUCGUCGUCUUCUACUUGACCUUUGCCUCAGCCCGGAUGUUGAUCAUUUCCAUGAAGGCGACAUUUGACACCUGUCUGGCGUUCCUGAACCACUUUCCGCUGUUUGCACUCAUGCUACGCGUGAAGGACUCGCGCCGGCUACCCGGGGGCAUCCGGUUCGAUCUUCGAGAUUACCCUGACAAGUACUCGGCCCACACGGACUCCAUUGCCCGGGUCUCCUACAUUCAUCUCGAGUCAAUCCCUCUCCCGCUACGGGCAAUGUUCGACCAGUAUUUCCAGCUGGGCCACCGCCUCCGCAAACACUAUUUGUCUCCGCGGGUCAUCUUCUGUCUUGUCACCGGCCGCUUCGUGCCCCCCAUCCAUCGCCGCAACUUGUAUAGCAUGCAGUACAGCAUGCUGCCAGCUCGCCGGGCCGGCAUGGCCGAGGUGUGGGCGCUGCUGACCCAGCCCAAAAAGAGUGGUGGCAGCGGUGGCAGUGCGAGCUCCAUGGUGGGAGGCAUGGGCACUUUGGGGGGUCCGUUGCUGAAGGUUCCACCGAGUUUCGGCCAGGGCGAUGCUCGAAGACGUGGUCAUCGCUGA